AUGGAUGAAAGUACUUCACAUACCAAAACUUUACAAUCAUUGGAGUUUGGUGAUGAAUAUAAUCAACCUCUAUCAGUUGGAGUAUUACCAUCGCCAUUACAAUCAUUGGUGUUUGGUGAUAAAUAUAAUCAACCAAUAGCAGUUGGAGUAUUACCAUCAUCAUUACAAUCAUUGGUGUUUGGUAAUAGAUAUGAUCAACCACUAUCAGUUGGAGUAUUACCAUCAUCAUUACAAUCAUUGGAGUUUGGUUGGCACUAUAAUCAACCUCUAUCAGUUGGAGUAUUACCACCAUCAUUACAAUCAUUGGUGUUUGGUUGGAGCUAUAAUCAACCUCUAUCAGUUGGAGUAUUACCAACAUCAUUACAAUCAUUGGUGUUUGGUAUUAGAUAUGAUCAACCACUAUCAGUUGGAGUAUUACCACCAUCAUUACAAUCAUUGGUGUUUGGUUGGAGCUAUAAUCAACGUCUAUCAGUUGGAGUAUUACCAUCAUCAUUACAAUCAUUGGUGUUUGGUGAUAGAUAUAAUCAACCAAUAUCAGUUGGAGUAUUACCAUCGUCAUUGCAAUCACUAAAGUUUGAUUUUACGUACCCUGAAUUAUUAUUAUUAUUUUUAGUUGAUUUCAAGCAACCAAUUGGAGUAAGCAGAAACUUUAUUACGUCCAAAUCACAUGGAGUAAUCAAACUUCCAAAUACCAUAAAAUAUCACCUCACUCUUUCAACAACCUUAUCUCCAAAAGAACAAGUAAUCUCUGAAUCAUCAGGUGAAAUGUUUGUUUACAAAGAAAUAGAUUACUCCUCCAAUCAAUCGAUCUAUGACAAAACACUAUUUGAAAUCACAACAAUGAAAUUAUUCAUCAACGACUCUAUGUUUGUGCAAUACAAAGAUCACCAAGACGACAGUGAUUUAAAAAAGAUAUAUAUUUUGGCACAUUUCUGUGAAGGUGGUGAUUUGGAACAAUUAUUUCAAUCAAUGACUAAAUGGAAUGAAUCCCAAAAACAACAACCUCAUCCAGAAUAUAAAAAUAUCCCCGAAACAGAAAUAUGGCGACACAUUCGGCGAUUAUUCCUCAUACUUGAAAAACUAUCUCAACACAAUAUUGCACAUCUUGAUAUUAAACCACUCAAUCUAUUUAUUCGUUAUGACGGUGAAAUAGCUCUUGGUGAUUUUGGUUGCUGUCACACUUACGUUGAUCAAAAUAAUUUGUUAGAUGAUAACGUAAAUAUUGGUGAAGACACAAAUAAUAAUCAAGAAACAACAGAAUAUGCAAAUAUGAUAGCCACAACUCUCGUAACUCGCGGAACAAAGGGAUAUUAUGCACCGGAAUCAAAACAAAAGAAAUAUUACGCUACAAGUGAUAUUUAUUCUGUUGGUUCAACUCUUUUACAUUUACUCUCAUGUCAUCCAGAUGAUAUUGGAAAUAGAAUUGAAUUUGUCAAGAACCACAAAAAUAACAACUUUGAUGCAGAUCAUAUUAAAAUAUCAACAGAUAGAUAUUCUGAACAUUUAAUUAAUUUUGUCAAGAAUCUAUUAAUCUCAACACCCUAUGAUCGUCUUUCAUUGGAUGAUCUAAAUGGAGAAAUAGUCAACCAACACACACAAAGAAUCACAUCAUUUUUAAUCGAUCAACGACAAAUUCUACCAAACACAACAACAUUAAUAUUGGAUGGUGAAUUCAACAGUCCUCUCAGAGGAUUACUUCCACCAACACUUUUAAAAUUAAAGUUAUUGGGAAACUUUAAUCAACCAAUCGAAUGGAAUGAUAUUCCCAAUGGACUUGAAACAUUAAUAUUUGGACCAUCAUUUAAUAGUGAAAUUAAUUCCCUUCCAUGGUCAUUAAAUAAUUUAGCUUUAGGAAAAUCAUUCGAUCAACCAUCGGCUCUAAAAUUUGAUACAAAUACCACAAUACACAUAACCACUUUUAAGAAAAAAGAAAUUUUGUUCAAAUGGACAGAUAGAUUGAAACGUAUAAAUACCUACUACUGCCAAGAUUCAGAGCAGGUAACCAUCAAUUCAUUUAUUAAAAACAAGAUUGUUGAAUCGAAUCUGAUCAUGACCAUCGGUGAACAAUGCUAUGGUAUUGGUAAAAUCGAGAGGAUCAAUAAUAUACUAGAGUGGAAGAAGAAUGAUGAAAUCAAAUUCAUUAUCAAUCUAGAAGAUGUCAAAGUGAUAUCACAUGUUCAAGCAUCAAUCUAUCCACAUUUAUUCUGUCAAAUAGAUAAAUCAAAAUUUGAAUCAAUCAAUCAACACUUUGUCGAAUACCAACCCGACUCUGAAUACCCCCUAAAGGAAAUGGAGCAACUAUUUGAAUUGGAUGAAGACAACAUUCAUCAAGUGUUUGAAAAUAAUGAUCAAUAUCUAAAUAUUAGAUUGAUUAUCAACCUACCUAAAGAGCAACAAUAA